UUAAACAUCACCGAAAUAAAUUACACCGAACCAAACCCUAACGAAACUUGCCAUUAAAUACUUAACUCAAUAUAAAUUGUCAUUAGUGCAUUGUCAUUGACUUCUACGACUGUAAUAAGAAUUGGAAAAUUGUAUAGUCAUUGAAUUAACUUUUUUUCUUCAUUAUUUGUGUGCCUUCAAUCGAUCAUCGCAUCCAUUUUAAUCGACGCACCAUCAUAAGGAGGAAUACCUAAUCUCGGUGUUGUGAUAUUAUUGAAUUCAUAUUAUUGAUACAAUUGUCAAUAUCCUUCAUCAUACUCCCCAAUACAUUGGUUUUUUUUCCAUAUAACAAAUCAUAUACUUUUCUUUAACAAUUCGGGAAAGGUAUACCUAAACCUCAUGUCUUCAGAUCAUCCCCAUUCAAGGAAGACCGAUCAUAGUGAAGAAGAAUCGAGUAAACAAAGUCUCCAUCGUCUUUUACCACUUCAAAGAGCUCAUACGAUAUCCAACGGAGUAUUAAUGCAUUCUCGAACUCAUGGAAAGAAAGUAUCAUUUUCCAAUCUUCAAUUAGAGAGCAAUGAUGUAAAGAAUAAUACUAAUAGUGAGAUCAAUUCAACUAGUUCAUCACAAACUUCUUCACAAAAUUCAAGUGAUGAUGAUUAUUUAGGAGUUGUUGAUGAUGAAGACGAAUUCUUUGAUUCAACGUUAGUACCGAUAUCUCAUACUAAACAUAGUCAUCCACAUCCACAUCCACAAUCUAAUAGACGUCAUGCAAAAUUUACAACUUCAGUUACUCCAUCACCUCAAACUAUGUCUCCAUGUACAUCAACAGUUCUUACUCCAACUACAUCCAAUUCAGGAACAAUGUCAUUGAGUAAUAGUACUACAUUAAAAAAGAGAAAUUCACUUAAAAGAGUUAUAAGUAAUAAUAGUGCUAAUUCCAUAAAUAUUUUACUUAGUGAUAAAUUAGCCAUGUCAAAAUUAGAUUCUACAUUGUUGGAUUCACUUAAUUCAGCAUCUUCGAGUCAAUCAAAUCUACUCCCAGAAUUCAAUAAAAGACCAUUGACUGAUACACCUAUUGUAUCUAGCCUAACAUCACCAAUAACAAGAGAACAGAGCAGUGAUGAUGAGGAGGAAGAAGAAGAAUCCGACUUAAAAAAGACUGAAGAUGAAACAGAUACGGAGAUUGAGGUUGAUGAUAAAAACAAAAAGAAGCCUUCCAGUGAUUCUGAAUCAACUCCACUUAAGAAAACUAAGAAUAUAUCUCAUUUAAAUUUAACUGAUUUAGUUGAAGAAGAAACCAAAAAGGGUGAAAAGCAUGCAAAACCUCAAGAACCUCCAUUAAUAAGAAUUGACAAUAAUAAUAAAUCAUCAUCUAUAAGUCCCUUAACUGUAGGAACCCCAAUACUAACCCCUACUUCAUCACAUUCUACUAAAUCAGGAACAAAAUCUCCUGAUCAAUUGAUUGCAAUGAAUGCAGCCAUUAAAGCUCAUUUACUUCAGGAUUUACCAGUUGAUCUUCAAGAACAAUUUGAAAAGACUCCAUCAAUUGAAAAAUUAAAGAAUUUAUUACUUACUAAACCUCCACCAUCAGCCAGAAAGACAUAUACUUUAAAUAUUCCUGGUCAAACAUCUUCAAAAACAUCUCCAGAUGGAAAAAUUGCUCAAGUAGAUAUUGGAUCAAAGCUUGUAAUUGUUAUGGUUGGACUUCCAGCUAGAGGGAAAAGUUAUAUUACUAAUAAAUUAACAAGAUAUCUUAAUUGGUUACAACAUGAUUGUCGUGUUUUCAAUGUUGGAAAUACUAGACGUAGAGAUAAGAAUAAUGCUGGACCAGAAAAGAAACCAUUACCUGAUACUCAUACCCCUAAUAAUGAGACGGUUGAAAAAGUAGAAGAAUUUCCAGAAUUUCCAAAAUCUCCAUCUCAACAAGAGCAUAAUGCUGAUUUCUUUAAUCCUGAAAAUAAAUCAUCUACAGCCAUGCGUGAGAAAUGGGCUAUGGAUACUCUUGAUCAAUUAUUAGAUUAUAUUUUAAAAGGUCCAGGAUCAGUUGGAAUCUUUGAUGCUACUAAUUCUACUAAGAAAAGAAGAUUAAAAGUUUAUAAAAGGAUUAAACAAGCAUCUAAUGGAGAAUUAAAAGUAUUAUUUCUUGAAUCAAUUUGUACUGAUCCUAUUAUUAUUGAAAAUAAUAUAAGAUUGAAAUUAUCAGGUCCUGAUUAUAAAGAUAUGGAUCCAUCUGAAGCACUUAAUGAUUUUAUUGGUAGAUUAAGGAAUUAUGAAAAGGCAUAUGAAACAAUUGAUGAAAGUGAAGAAAAACUUGAAGGUUUUCAGUAUGUAAAAAUGAUUGAUGUUGGUAAAAAAGUAGUUAGUUAUAACAUUCAAGGAUUUCUUGCUUCUCAAACUAUAUAUUUCCUUUUGAAUUUUAAUCUUUGUGAAAGACAAAUUUGGAUUACAAGACAUGGUGAAAGUCUUGAUAAUCUUACUGGUCGUAUUGGAGGUGAUUCUCCAUUAACUAAAAGAGGAGAGAAGUUUUCGAAGACAUUGGCGAAAUUCAUGAAUGCUCAACGACAAGAAUUUAGACGUCAACAAUUGGAAAGAUUUAGUAGUAGAUUGGAAUUGAAAUAUAAUAAGGAAUUAUUUAAUGAAGAUGAUGAUUUAUCAAUCUUAGAUACACUUCCUACUGAACCUAAUUUCUGUGUAUGGACUUCAAUGUUAUUAAGAGCUACAGAAACUGGGAAAUAUUUUAAUGAACAAUUAUUCUCUAUUAAAUCUAUGAGAAUGCUUAAUGAAUUAGGAGGAGGUAAAUUUGAAGGUAUGACUUAUGAUCAAAUUCAAGCUAAAUAUCCUAAAGAAUUUGAUGCUAGAUUAAGAAAUAAAUUAACUUAUAGAUAUCCAGGUGUGGGAGGAGAAUCAUAUUUGGAUGUUCUUACAAGAUUACGUCCUUUAAUAUCUGAAAUUGAGAGAACCACUGAUCAUUUACUUAUUAUUUCUCAUCGUGUUGUACUUCGAAUCUUACUUGCUUAUUUCCUUAAUCUUGAUAAAUCUAAUAUAGGAGAAUUAGAUGUUCCAUUACAUACACUUUAUUGUUUAGAAUCCAAACCAUAUGGAACUGAUUAUAGAAUGUAUGAAUAUGAUGAAAAAUUAGAUUGGUUUGUUGAAAGUCAACCUGAUCAUCAAAAGAAUAUGAAGGAAGUAGGAGUAUUGUUUAAAGAGAGAAAGUAUAGUGUAGUACCUACUGCUCCACCAUCAAGUAGUUCUGGUGGAUCGAGUCAUUAUCAUCAACACCAUCAUCAUCGUCAAUAUAGUGUAAAACCAACAGGAGGACCUACAAGAGAUAGAUCUAGUAUUGCUCCGGCUGUAAUGGAUCAUCCACUAAAUGAAACUUCAUUUAGUGUCAGAAGAAGUUUAAGUUUUGGAUCUUCCGACAGCAAUUCUACAAACAACGAAGAUACCAGAACCAAAAUCAUUCAAGGUUUAAGUGAUUUAAGAAAACCAUAAUUAUAUGGUUACAAUGAUAAUGAUAAUGAUUGUAAUGAUCCCAAGCAAAAGAAACAAAACAAAACAAACCAAACCCAACCAAAUUACAUUUAUAGAGUGUAUGUUUAUGAUUUUAUAGUAACCUCUUCGUAUAGGCGGCUUGUUGUUAUAUAUAAUUGUUUUAGGGUAUA